GUUCCGGGUCCUGUGACCGAUCAGGCGGUGUCGCGGGCGCGGCCUCGGGGAAGUUUGGACGGUCGGCGGGGGCCCGGCGCGGGGCCGCAGCUUGUCCGGGAGCAGCCGGCUCGAGCGUGGCCGGGGGCGCUCAUGGCGGGCGGCGGAGCCGGGGAGCCCGGCUGGGGGGCGGCCGCCGCCGCCGUGCCCGAGACCCGCGAAUACCUUUUCAAGGUGCUGGUCAUCGGCGAGCUCGGCGUGGGCAAGACCAGCAUCAUCAAGCGCUACGUGCACCAGCUCUUCUCCCAGCACUACCGGGCCACCAUCGGGGUGGACUUUGCCCUCAAGGUCCUCAACUGGGACAGCGGGACGCUGGUGCGCCUGCAGCUGUGGGACAUCGCGGGGCAGGAGCGGUUUGGCAACAUGACCCGAGUAUACUACAAAGAAGCGGUUGGUGCUUUUGUAGUCUUUGAUAUAUCGAGAGGGUCCACGUUUGAGGCAGUCUUAAAAUGGAAGAGUGAUCUGGAUAGUAAAGUCCAUCUUCCAAAUGGCGGCCCUAUUCCCGUUAUUCUCUUAGCUAACAAAUGUGACCAGAAAAAGGAUGGUGGCCAAAAUCCUUCCCAGAUGGACCAGUUCUGCAAAGAACAUGGCUUCAGUGGAUGGUUUGAAACCUCUGCAAAGGAGAACAUAAACAUAGAUGAAGCAGCCCGGUUCCUAGUGAAGAAUAUUCUUGCAAACCAUCAAAGCUUUCCUAAUGAAGAAACUGAUGUGGACAGAAUUAAACUGGAAAAGGAGACCUUGACAGCAGAGAGCAAAGCCCAGUGUUGCUGACUUGGCUUCGGCUUCUCUCUGGUACUUGUGCUUGCCGAAUGCAGCCUGACUUGAUUUCUCCAUUUGGAGCGAAUUCCUGACAAUGGAUUAAGGUGGCAGAGGUGCUGCUCUGUAAAUAAUAUUGUAAUGGAGUAUAAUGGACUCUUCGCAGGGCUGGGCUUUAAAAUGGCAAUGACUGCACCACUGGGAGCCUAAGGUGACCUUUGGGUGAAGCAGUCCUGCUAGUGGCUCUGCGCUUUAGAAUGAACACAGGCUUCUAAUGUCCUUGCUGCCAUCGUAUUCAAGAUGUUUACAGCCGCCUUUCUAACAUCUCUUAAAAUGACAGUGCUCAGGAGUGGUCACAUUUCCAAGUUGGGGCUUUUAGUGUAAGCACCAGGGUGGUAGUCUCACAUUAAUUGUAUGAGUCUGGUUUUCUGUAUUCCAUCUUCGCUUUUGAGGGAGGCUUUUAGACUGUUAGCCACAGAAGGCUUGAAAUUCCUGUUUAGCAUUUUUUUUUUCUCAGAACUUUAGUACUUUAUAUUCACUUGUUAUCCUUAGAUAUUAUAGUUUGACUAGGUCCAGCUAGUGUGGCAUCUGGUUAUUUCUCUUAAACACAUGAAAAUAUCCUUCCUAAUGACUUGAGAAGCACUCACACCACACUAGAAUUCUAGAUCUGGUUGCCAUCAGUUGGAAACAAUAUAAAUGAAAAUUUCUUCUCUCCCUAGUUCCUUCUCCCUUUUUCCUAUGUGUUUACAUUUCGGAACACGGGCCUGAUUGCUAUGACUGAUGUCAUUCUCUCUAACUGGAGCUAGUCUUUUCAACUCCAUAAUGGUCAUGGUCGAGGAGAGAAUUUAUUUCAAAGCACACACAAUUAAAUCCGAGGUUCUAUAGUAUGAAUUAUGAAAGAAACUGGGAUAUGUGGUUUUAUAUGAAGUUUUGGACAAAAUAACAACGCAUGAGAAACUUAAGUCUGGCUCGCAAUAUUUGUAUUACCAUUAAACCCAAUGAAGAACAGAAUCAAUAUUUUUACUGAAAUUUUUGUUUUGAAUUAAUGUAGUUAUAGAAAGGUAAUAUGGGGUAUACUUUUCUGCCUUAGAAAACUUUGUGUCUGUUCACUGUUGCCUAUUAUUUUUAAGGAACUUAAUGAUAGCAUGUGAAAGGUCCGACUCACCUCUUUCAAAGGAAUUUUUAGGUGUUUUUGACAUAAUCCAAAGAUAGGCAUAGUAUCUGCUAAAGUAACUCUGGACGGGCCUCAUGACUAGGUAAAAAGGGCUUUCUGAGGCAAGAUGGAUGGAGCACACUCCAUCAGCCUCCUGUUUUUAUGGUCCUGUAAGUGACUGGGAGAUUGAAAACUUCCUGGGAGUUACAAGACCAUGGUCAUACCUUUGUAAGUGUUCUAGGUUGUUGCCUAUCCUGUACCCUUUCUUAAAUCUGUGUAAACUUGACGCUGAAUAAAGACUAUUUUGUCUAACAA